AUGGUUUCUAGCAAAACAUUCUCUUCACUUCAGUUUUUCACUCUUUUCUACCUCUUUACAGUUGCAUUUGCUUCCACUGAGGAAGCAAUUGCCCUCUUGAAAUGGAAAGCAACUUUCAAGAACCAGAAUAAUUCCUUAUUGGCUUCAUGGACGCCAAGCUCUAAUACAUGCGACCACUGGUAUGGAGUUGUAUGCUUUAAUGGUCGGGUAAACAGGUUGAAUAUCACAAAUUCCAGUGUCAUUGGUAACCUGUAUGCUUUUCCGUUUUCAUCUCUCCCUUUUCUUGAGAAUCUUAAUCUUAGCAUGAACAAUUUCUCUGGCACCAUUCCACCUGAGAUUAGUAAUCUCACUAAUCUAGUCUAUCUUGACUUGAACAGCAAUCAGAUUUCAGGAACAAUCCCACAACAAAUCGGUUCACUAGCCAAGCUUCAGAUUCUCCGUAUAUUUGACAACCAUAUAAAUGGCACUAUUCCUGAAGAAAUAGGUUACCUAAGGUCUCUUACUAAGCUAUCUUUAGGUAGGAACUUUCUUAGUGGUUCUAUUCCUGCUUCAUUGGGGAAUUUGAAAAGCUUGUCUUUUUUGCUUCUUUAUGAAAAUCAACUUUCUAGCUCUAUUCCUGAAGAAAUAGGUUACCUAAAGACUCUUAGUAUCCUACAUUUGAGUAACAACUCUCUUAAUGGCUCUAUUCCUUCUUCAUUGGGGAAUUUGAGCAACUUGUUUGGUUUGUAUCUUUAUAAUAAUUACCUUUCUGGCUCUAUUCCUGUUUCAUUCGGGUAUUUGAACAACUUGUUUGAUUUGUAUCUUUUUAAUAAUCACCUUUCUGGCUCUAUUCCUGCUUCAUUCGGGUAUUUGAACAACUUGUCUGAUUUGUAUCUUCAUAAUAAUCAGCUUUCUGGUUCAAUUCCUGAAGAAAUAGGUUACUUGAGAAAUCUGCAAUCUCUGUUUCUCAGUGAUAACAAUCUCAUUGGGAAAAUUCCUUCAUUUGUCUGCAAUUUGACAUCACUGGAAGUGUUGUAUAUGCCGAGAAACAACUUGAAGGGAAAAGUUCCGCAAUGUUUGGGUAAUAUCAGCGGCCUCCAGGUUUUGAUGAUGUCACAUAAUAAUCUCAAUGGAGAGAUCCCUUCAUCUAUUUCCAAUUUAACAUCACUACAAAUUCUAGAUUUGGGCAGAAACAAUCUGGAAGGAGCAAUUCCACAAUGUUUUGGCAAUAUUAGUAGCCUCCAGGUUUUUGAUAUGCAGAAUAACAAACUUUCUGGGAGCCUUCCAACAAAUUUUAGCAUUGGAAGUUCACUUAUAAGUCUCAACUUGCAUGGCAAUGAACUAGAGGGGGAAAUCCCUCGGUCUUUGGCCAAUUGCAAAAAGCUGCAAGUUCUUGAUCUAGGAGAUAAUCAUCUCAAUGACACAUUUCCCAUGUGGCUGGGAACUUUGCCAGAUCUGAGAGUUUUAAGGUUGACAUCGAAUAAAUUGCAUGGACCUAUAAGAUCUUCAGGGGCUGAAAUCAUGUUUCCUGAUCUUCGAAUCAUAGAUCUCUCUAACAAUGCCUUCUCGAAAUACUUACCAACGAGUCUGUUUCAACAUUUGAAAGGCAUGACGACUAUUGAUCAAACAAUGAAGGCACCAAGUUCUAAAGGAAGUCGACUUUUUCAGAUGCCAAGAAUAAGAAGACAUUGGCGUAAUGGAUUUGGUUCUUCCUAUGUUGCAGCUUAUGAUGUUGGAUUUGAUUUUUAG